ACAGAUCAUUGUUUGACCUCAAUUACAUUUGUGCCAUUACUGCAGAGAUGUUGUCUUUGGGAAUCCUACUUCACAUCAGUUUAUUUCAUAUAUCAAUGUCAGAGACGGCACCUUGCACUAUUUCCGAACCAGUCGGUGCCGAUGCCAUCAUCCCUAUAUCAUACAAAGGCCUGACAGCUGAACAUCAUAUAAAAUGGAUGCACGGAAGUGAAAGAGUGUUUUAUCGCAAAGGAUCUGUAAUAAAAGAUGAAAAGCGCAAAAUUAAACCUGAUGGAUCACUUAUAUUAGACAAUAUCAAGUCAUCGGAUUCUGGGACAUAUGAAGUCACAGUCUACGAUGGCAAUGGUGCCCAUGUCCACACCUCAUCCCAGCAUCUUUGUGUCCUUGAACCGAUGAAGAAACCUGAGGUGAAGUACAGCUGCCCUGGACAAUGGCCUGUACUGACAUGCACACACACAGGUCCAGAAGUGGAUGUCAGUUGGCACAGGAAUAACAAAGUGCUGACAGGACAGGGACACCAAACACUGACUCUGACCGCAGCCCUGUUCAAGGCUGGAGACGGGUACUCCUGCACGGUCAAGAAUCAAGUCAGUGAGAAGAAGAGCAAUGAGGUCAAACCUGUGUGCUCAGAUGGUAAAAUACAGGUGAGCAAACCCACCGUGACUUCCAGCUGUGACAAAGGCAUUGUGAAGAUGACAUGCCAGACUUCUGGGAUGGCUUUCUCAUGGAACCGCAACGGUCUGAAGCUGGUUGGAAAAGAGAACACAAUUCUGAAGUUAAACCAGACAGAGUUAAAGUCUAAUCACACUUAUUCAUGUGUUAUUCAACAUGGAACCAGUGUGAUUAAAAGUAAAAAUGUGUGGCCUUCUUGCAAAGAGAAGCUUACGCUGUUUGGCAUGGACUUAUGGCUGAUGGUGACGAUUUUGGCUGGAGGAGGAGGACUAGUAGUUGUUUUAAUCAUCCUCAGUAUCGUGUGCUGCCUUUGCAAACGUAAAAAGCGUCAAGAGAGAGAAAAAGAGCUGAGACUGGCCAACCUGACUCAAUCGCCUGACGAUGAUCAGCCUGAGGAGGCUCCCCUCAAAAGGCCACGUAGGGAAAGAGGACCCCUCCCCGAAGUCCCUAAGCCUCGUGUGAGGCCUGCUCAACUCCACAACAGCCAAGCCGGGCCUGACAUGAAGAACGGCCAAUACAUGCACAUGGUAUGAACUCUUCUACCCAAAGACAGUGGGUAAGCAUUUGUUAAAUGGAGGGAUUUUAUAAUAUAUCAACACAUUAUUGAUGGGGGCUUUUAUUGUACACAUUUUCACAGACUGUAUUUUUUUGUCUGCUGAUAUAAGAUAUCAGAAUAAGAUGGGAAAAAGGGCAAUUUUGUGGAUUCUCUGCAGACCAUUAAAUAUGCAUUUUUAUCAACAUUGUUGUAUAUAUUGUUUGAAUAUUGUUACAUGUUGUUCUCUUCAACAAAUGAAACAUUGUAUGUUCUUUCAUUUUAAAAAACAUAGUCAACUUCCAUAAUGUGUUAUGUUUUAGAUGUAUUUUGUAUGAUUAAAAAGUCGAAGCCCCUU